AUGUCUUCAGACAAAGCCAAUCAGAAGCCCUCGCUGAGCAAAUCAGGACUCCAAAGCCAUGGAAUUCAUUUUAUCGAGAAGGUGCACCGGUUUGAGGAGUUGGAAGAUUGGAUACAGCCAAUAAGCUACCAACUAACACGAAAACGAAAAAACCCCCCAAAGGAGGCAAAUAAGUGUUUCAGAAGAGAAUUAAGAAAAUUCCAAGCUUCGGGGCAGGAUCGCGACGAAGCCUUUGAAGGUGACUGGAGCUUAGGGCCCGGCAAGACAGAAGAAGGAUUGGCUUACCCUGAGCAAGUGUCUGAACACGAAGACGUUCUUUGGAAUGAAUUCCCACGGUGGGCUAGAUUGGACCCAGAGAUUCAACGACCGACACAACCAAAACCCGACCUUACCUAUGCCUUCAAAAUCAUCGAAACAGCCGCUGAGCUGUACCCAAAGUACAAACAUGAUCCUUAUGUGGAGAGCUUCUCCUUACCGUGGCUCAGUGAGCUGCGCAACAGGAAGAAAGGUAGCGUAAUCUCAUCGCCAACGACAAAGCUACAUCAGGUAGCCAAGAAUAAAAGGGUGACAUUGGACGCUAAACAUCUGAUGUGCUUCCCAUGGGCCAUUGUCGAAGUCAAACAUGGUACAGAGAGACCAGUUACGAACGACGGACACAUGAGACAAAACAAAAGUAAUGGGAGUCAACAUGAGAAGAGGAAGCAAUUCUGCUAUUGUCAAGCGGCAAAUGCGUCCGCAGCGGGGCUGACUCUGAGAGAGGACUUGGCUGUGACGGCUAAAGACAACUCCAGAUUGCAUGAUGCUCUUGUCAUGUUCUCUUUCACUUGCGUUGGCCCAACUGUUAAGCUCUGGAUCACCUAUCGGGAGAAGCCAGUAAAGUGGGUGUACCUUCGCAUUAAGCCUGAGAUCUCCAGGUGGAUACGUAUUGUCCACGAGGAUCCCCCACAGACGGUUUCUCUGACACCAAGCGGCGAUGCGGUGGUGCAGAGAAGGAGAGCUGUUUCUUGCGAGCCACUGAGCGAAAGACUGGAUUUCGAAAGGUGGGAUCUACCAGCUCCAGUAGAGCGGCACCUUACCCCACGAGCAAAAGCAAUGCCUCCCCUACCACGUGGCAAGACAGCCCCCGAGUCUUUUGACAGGUGGAAAGCAAAAGCCAACGUCCCAAAGAUACAGCUAAACGGUUAUACCAAAUCGAACACGGGGGAGACCGACGAUAGUGCAGACGAGGGAUACUCUAGCGUCCACACGAGUGGAUGCGAAAGCGAGGAAGAUGAGAAAGAAAAGCUGUCUGCAUUCGUUUGCGAUGAUGAACCAUCCGAGAAUGACGAAUCCGACGCGUCAUACAUACCCCCCAGCUCAGAGGAUGAGAGCACAGAAAGUGAGAGUGCAGAAGAAGAGGAACUAGAUUUGCAGGUUGAUGAUCAUGACUCCAAAAGCGGCGAAGAUUCAAGCGCGAAUGAAGACAUUGAAGACCACGAUUUAUCUGACGACGAAGGAAGCUAUCACAGGUUGAACCAACAAUCGAGUGCGUUGUCAAGACUGGACGUGUAUUACACUCCAACAAAAAACCUUGAACAGAGGAACAUAUCAAAUGACCGGUCGAAGAAGGCUCAGAGCCCCUCUCAGCGGUCCCGUCGCUGUAGUUCGCGCUUCUGA